AUGGCAGCUCCUACCCCUAUGUAUGACGAAAAGAUUGCCUACAAUUCCCAUUCCCGGGAACUUUCGACUCCAUCCUCUCAUAGCUCCACACCAUCUUUAGGAGAGAAUGCAUCAUAUUACGGUGAAAAGCCGCCCCCAUACGGCCCAGAUGACGUUGGCCUUGUCGGCCCUGACGGCGAGCGGGGUCUAGGAUCUACUCUUAUGGGUGGAGCUGCUGGUGGCUAUGUAGGCCACCAGAUGGGCGGUGGUAUGGCCACUGCCGGUGGUGCAGUUCUUGGAGCUCUCGGCGCUAAUGCCGUCAGCCAUGGAAUUGAGAACCAUCACCAGAAUCAACAGGCGCAGCAGCAACAGCAGCAGCAACAAUACUAUCAGCAGCAACAGCCCCCUCCUCCUCCCCAGGGCUAUCCUCCUCAGGGUUACUACCCAGCCUACCAACAAGCCCCAUACCCGUCUCCGGGCUACGCACCAUCUAUGCCUGGCACUACUGUCACCACAACCACUCAUUAUAACGACUGCGACCGUCAUGGACGUCGUCGCCGUAAGGAGAAGGACUGCUGUAUCGGGCGUAUUCUCCAUGGCGGGUGUCGUCGCGACGACAGAUAUUAG